AUGGAGGAAGUGAAGAAGGUGGUACUUAAUGAGAAUUGCUCAGCUGCCAUGCUCAACAAACUACCAAAGAAGAAGGGUGACCCGGGAAGCUUGACUUUACCUUGCCAAUUUGGCAAUUUGGCUACCACUCAUGCCUUGGCUGAUUCAGGAGCAAGUGUGAAUUUAAUGCCUUAUUCAUUCUUCAAGAAGCUGGAUCUCCCGGAACCAAGACCAAUUCGUAUGGUCAUUCAUUUAGCAAACAAGACAGUCACUUUCCCAAGAGGAAUCUGUGAAGAUUUAUUGGUCAAAGUGGACAAGUUUGUAUUUCCCGCUGAUUUCAUAAUUCUAGACAUGGAGGCGGAUCCUCAAGUCCCAAUCAUCCUUGGAAGACCCUUCCUCAACACGGCAAGUGCUAUAGUAUACAUGAGGGACUCGAAGCUCACUUUGCGGGUAGGAGAAGAUUCAGUCACGUUUGGGGUUGAUCAAGCUAUGAAGUAUGCAAGGACCAGUGACGACACGACAUUCUCAAUUGACAUGCUUGAUGAAUUAUUGGAGUAA